AUGGUGGAGCCUCAGGUCAACUUUGACGAGGAGGUUCCGGCCCCAGCCCCAGUAGUUCCGGUGGCCCCAGCUCAGGUAGCUCCUCAGGUUCUGGCUCCACCAGUUCAGCCAGUUGGAUCAGCUCAGCCGGGCGUGGUAGCCCAGGCAGGUGAUGGGGCAGCCAUGUCUGUCGAUGCUUUAUGGAGAUUGGAUAGGCACCAAAUGAUUGAAGUAGGGAUAUCUCAACCAUUGGACUCAAAUGAAAUAUCAAAUGAGGGGCAUAGGGAGGUUGUAGUGACUUUCAUGAUUUUCUCAAAGAUAGAAGUGAAACACUAUUUGUUGAGAGAUGCAUUUGAAGAUGCAAAGUUACCUCCUUCCUUUUAUGAGGCCAAAAAAACCAUUAGCAAACUUGGCCUUGACUAUACCAAGAUACCUGCAUGUCCAAAUAAUUGUAUGCUAUACUGGGAAGGUGAUUCAGAAUUGGAAGCAUGUAAGCAUUGUGGUACAUCUAAAUGGAAUCCUAACAAGAAAAAAAAGCAAGCUGCAAAGGUUUUGCGUUAUUUUCCAUUGAAAGCAAGAUUGCAACAAUUAUUUAUGUGUUGUAAGACUGCUGAACAUAUGAGAUGGCAUGCUUUAGGCAAUAAUGCUGAUGGGUUGAUGAGGCAUCCAAGGGAUGGUGAGGCAUGGAAGACAUUUGAUCGGACUCAUUCUGAAUUUGCUUCGGAUCCUCGAAACGUUCGCUUAGGCCUUGCUAGUGAUGGUUUCAGUCCUUUUGGAACAAUGAGUACUACAUAUAGUAUUUGGCCAGUCUUCUUGAUUCCAUACAAUCUACCUCCUUGGAUGUGUAUGAAGCACACCUCCUUCAUCUUAUCAAUGAUCAUUCCAGGGAAGCACAUGCCUGGAAAUAAUAUAGAUGUGUACUUACAACCCCUCGUGAAGGAAUUACACGAGUUAUGGAAUGAUGGUGUAGAAACGUUUGACUCAUCAUUGAAUGAAAAUUUUAGAAUGCAUGCAGCUCUUAUGUGGACAAUCAGUGACUUUCCUGGAUUAGGUAUCUUAUCUGGAUGGAACACACAUACUGGUUUUGCCAGCCCAACUUGUAACUUUGACACAGAACCUUGUCGUCUUCGUCAUAGUAAAAAGUGGUGCUUUAUGGGCCAUCGACGUUUUCUGAGAAGAAAUCACAGGUUUAGGUUGAAUCGAGUACGCUUUAAUGGAAGCACAGAGGAGCGAAAUCCACCAUUAAAAUUGUCAGGGUCUGCCAUUUUGAGACAAAUUGAAGAAGGGAGAGGAGCAGAGUUGAAUUGUAGAGGGAAAAGAUCUAGACGAGCAACUAAGCAAUGGAACAAGAGAAAGCAAUUGCCACCAUUGGCGAUUCGCAAUGUGCUGCCCGACCAUGUAGUUGCAGUUUUGGUGGACUUCUGCUCAUUUUUCAAAGCCCUUUCUAGCAAAACCUUGAAUGUUUCAGAGCCUGAUAAGCUCCAAGAGCACAUUGAAAGCACACUUUGCCAUCUGGAGAUACUAUUUCCUCCAGCAUUCUUUACAGUAAUGGUUCAUUUGUCUGUCCAUCUAGCAGAGGAAGCAAAACUCGGAGGUCCAGUGCAUCAUCGAAACAUGUAUCCCGUCGAGAGGGAGUUGGGACAUUUUAAGUCCUUUGUACGGAAUAAAGCACAACCAGAGGGUUCUAUAGCUGAGGGUUACUUAGCCGAAGAGUCUCUUACCUUUUGUUCUCGGUAUAUUGAGGAUAUUGAGACAAGAUUCAAUAGACCUAGGCGUGUUCGUGAUGACCCAAAUGUCACUGAGCCUUCUGGAACGUCCUCUAUAUUUCCUCAAUUAGGUAAACCUGCAUCAGCUUCGAUUACAUUUCCUUUAACUGAUAUGCAGAAACUACAAGCUCAUUGA